UUGUCUGGAAAACGAGACUUUUUCACAAUUGGAAGAAGGUACAAUACAGAUAAUCUGACAUCAAUCUGGAACACUGGCAACGAUCGCCUUCGACAAAUUGGCCUUCAAACAAUCUAUAUUGGCGGUUUUCGAGUUGAUCCACUUCAUUUGGUGGCUGCCGUUCUGGGUUUUCUUCUUUCUGGACCUAUGAUGUUGGCUAUAAUAGUUGCCGUAAUAUUGGUGUCUCAAACGAGAUCCGACAACGUCGUGCCAGUUCAACAGUCAAGCCUAGGAUCUGGUGAAAGAGCUGAGGAGUUUGGACCUUUCUCAGGUACAGGCAAAAGAUUAGGGACUUAA